CGGCCGCAAUGAAGCUCAACAUUGCGAACCCGUCCACCGGGUGCCAAAAGCUGUAUGAGAUCGAGGACGAGAAGAAGCUGCGCACCCUCUACGACAAGAGGCUGGCCACCGAGGUCGAUGGCUCCGACCUCGGCGAGGAGUUCGCCGGGUACAUCUUCAAGGUGAUGGGCGGGCAGGACAAGCAGGGCUUCCCGAUGAAGCAGGGCGUGCUGACCGCGGACCGUGUCCGCCUGAUGAUGGCCAAGGGCGACCAGGGCUGCCGCGGCUACGGGAUGCGCAAGGGCGAGCGGUACCGCAAGUCCUGCCGCGGGUGCAUCAUCUCGCACAAUAUCGCCGUGCUGCACCUCGUCAUCGUCAAGAAGGGCGACGCCGAGCUCGAGGGCCUCACAGACAAGCAGAUCCCGCGCCGCCUUGGCCCGAAGCGUGCGUCCAAGAUCCGCAAGCUCUUUGCGCUGUCCAAGGAGGACGACGUGCGCAAGUAUGUGAUCCGCCGGGAGGUGCCGGCCAAGUCGGAGGACAAGAAGCCGGGCUCCAAGGCGCCAAAGAUCCAGCGGCUCGUGACCCCUAUCUCGCUGCAGCGCAAGCGGCACAGGCUCGCCGUCAAAAAGGCGCGGCAGGUCAAGGCGAAGAGCGAGGCGGCGGCGUACCAGAAGCUGCUGGCGCUCCGCCAGAAGGAGGCGCGCGAAAAGAAGGCGGAGAAGAUGUCGCAGCGCCGCUCGCAGCGCUCCUCGCAGGCGUCGAUGUAAGGGGCUGUCGUGCCCUCCCCCGCCGCCGCCGCUGCAGCCCACGAGCCGCGGGUGUGCGCCGUCCACGCCGGUCCGAUGCGGGCGCGGAAGCUCUUCCCCCCCCCCCCCCCCCUCUGUGCCGUGUGUUGCGACACAGCCGGCGGAGUCGGGGGGGCAGCUGCUCCCGCGUGGCUAGACUCAGGUGACCGGCUAUCGCUCGCGGCCCGCAUCGCUGCGGCAGCGCCCUCCUGUCUGUUUUGCUUUUGGUCCGUGGUGUCCUUUAACGUAUCGUACUCUCCAUCUCAUAUCAAUAACACCUAAAUUAAAUUGCU